AUGGCGUCCUCCGGAGUCGGCGGGAAGCCGUCGAGGUCCGCCAUCGUGGCCGACACGGCCAGCGGGCACCACUUUCUCACCAUCCACGGCUACUCCUGCACCAAGAACCUUCCCACCGGAGAGAAGAUCAGUUCUCGGCCCUUCACAGUCGGCGGCCACCGCUGGCGCAUCGACUACUACCCCAACGGCUCAAGCUCGGCGGUCGCGGACUACGUAUCCCUCUCCCUAAUCCUCGACGAAGAUGUCGCGGCAGCGGUGAAGGCGAAGCACUGCUUCUGCCUCUCUGGGGAGGCGGAGAAAAUUCAGGCGGCGCGGCUGACGUCGUCGUCGGUGGUCACAUUCUCGUCCAGGAGGUCUUGCUUCUACAACUGGUACUCCACCUUCAUCAGAAGAGAGGACCUGCAGAAGUCCAAGAAUCUACAGAACGACUCGUUCACCGUCCGGUGUGAUAUCCUUGUCGUCCAUGGUUACCGCGCCCAGGAUGCGGCGGCGGCGGCUUUCGUCUCCGUGCCCCCGUGCGACCUGCGGGGGGACCUUGGCAAGCUCCUCGAGGCCGAGAAAGGUGCCGACGUGGUGUUUGAGGUUGGGGGUGAGACCAUCGCCGCGCACCGGUGUGUGCUGGCAGCCCGCUCGUCAGUCUUCGCAGCCGAGCUCUUCGGACCAAUGAAGGAGGGCAAGGUCGAAAGCGGCAUUGUGCGCGUGGAAGACAUGGAGGCGGAGGUGUUCAAGGCGCUGCUCCGUUUCGUGUACACCGGCUUGUUGCCUGAGAUGCGCAAGGAAGAGGAAGAUGUCACCUGCCAGCAUCUGCUCGUCGCGGCAGACAGGUAUGGAAUGGACCGGCUGAAGCUGAUCUGUGAGGAGAAGCUGUGUGAGUACAUUGACGUCAGCACUGCAGCGACUAUCCUGCUACUAGCCGAGCAACAUCACUGUGAGGGGUUGAAGAAGGCGUGCUUCGAUUUUCUUGCGGCUCCGACAAAUCUGAGGGCAACCGUAGCCACCGAUGGCUUACAACAUCUUAGCGUGAGCUGCCCAUCUCUUAUGGUCAAGCUGAUGGCCAUGUCCUUGGGGCAUUAG